UCAUUUUUGUCUGAAACAUCAUCUUCACGCGACAAACAGUAUGUCUCGCUGAUAUGUCGGAGCUCCACCUGGAUAUACACAAACAACCCUCCAUCGUCUGGAUUACACAUUAAGUGCAUCAACACAUGAACUGUAAGUUAUUGUCCGGAAUCAUCGCCCACAGAGGAACGCUUGGUCCGUGAACCUCUCAUCAGUAUGGCUGCGCGUACACUGCAGGAGCUUGUAUCCGCCGCUGCCUCUGUGCACUCUGACAGAGAAGCUGUGAUAUAUGACAGCGGGUCAGUAUCGGGGAGCCCGGUGUCUUUGUUGUACCGAGAACUGAUUGAACUCUCCGAUGAGCUGUCUCACAUCCUGCGAAAGAACUGCUCCCCUAAUAACGGCGUGAUUGGCCUGUGUUGCUGCGAUGAUUUAUUCAUACCUGUCUGGAUUCUGGGUAUCCUGCAGUCACCUGCUGCUUAUGUCCCACUGGACCCAGAAGCUCCGGGACUCCUCUCUGCCAGGGUCAUGAACCGGUGUGGGCUCAAGUACUGUGCUGUGAAGACUGACAUCCUGCAGCGAUUUCAGGCAGCUCUAAUGAAACACAUAUCGGUGGAGGUCUGUGUGGUGCUGCCCAGGUUAAGACUAACCCUGAUACGAUUCAAGCCACUGCCAGAGCCCGAAGGACUACUAGAAGAAACCGGAGCUCAGACAGCAGGUGGUGCUGGUCUCCAUCAGGAGGCUGGCCACAUAGCCUUGGCAUAUGUGUUGCACACAUCAGGAACAACUGGCCUUCCAAAGAUAGUGAGGGUGCCACAUAAGUGUAUACUCCCUAAUAUACUACACCUGAGAUCUUUGUUUCAGAUGAGAGCAGAUGACGUGGUUUUCCUCGCCUCACCCUUAACCUUUGACCCCUCUGUGGUGGAUAUCUUCCUGGCCUUAUCGUCUGGAGCUCAGCUCCUCAUUGUCCCCACUGUGAUCAAGAAAAUGCCCAGCAGACUGUCUCAGCUGCUCUUCACUGAUCACAAGACGACUGUCCUACAGGUCACGCCGACUCUGCUGGUCAGUUUUGGACACCAAAUCUUAAAGCGGGAAGUGUUAUCAUCUGGCUCGUCCGUGCGGGUGUUGGCUCUGGGCGGAGAGGCCUGCCCCUCACCAGCUCUGUUGAGCAGCUGGAGGCACAAGGAAAACAAAACCCACAUUUACAAUAUCUACGGUAUAACUGAAGUGUCCUGCUGGGCCUGCUCUUACAAAAUACCAGAGUCUCUUCUGCAGUGCAGUGAUCUCUCCUUUGUGCCUCUUGGGAGUCCUCUGAUGGAUACAGUGGUGGAAGUAAGAGACGAACAUGGGUGCAUUGUUGCAGAGGGUGAAGGACAGGUGUUCAUAGGUGGAGAGAACAGGGUUUGUCUCCUGGACAAUGAAGAGACUGUCAUCCCAGGGACAAUGAGAGCCAGUGGAGACUGGGUUAAUGUUAAAGACGCACAGCUGUGCUACCUCGGACGGAAAGACCGGCUGAUUAAACGCCACGGAAAACGGGUGAACUUGGACAGCUUGCAACAACUCAUAUCGAGUCUGCCUCGGGUGGGGGCCUGUGCCGUGGGUUUGCAUGAAGGCUUUCGACUGCUUGCCUUUGUCGUGGUGUCCACAUCUGGAGAGGCAGAAGCAGCUUGUCCUAUUGCAUCUGUGCAGGAGCAUGUUGAACAAAGACCCUUGGGUGAGCUUCGGGAAAACCUCCCUUCUUCCGUGAAGCACCACCAGGCUGAGACAGGCGGUGCAGAUGGAGACCUGAACAGACUCAUCCUGAGCCAGCUGUCUCUGCUGCUGCCGUCUUACAGCGUUCCUGACGCACUGGUGCUGGUCCCAGCAUUAUGUCUGACUCCUCACGGUAAAGUAGACAUAGAGGCUCUCAUGAAAAUAUACCAAAGACAGAGACAGUGUUUGCGGUCUGAUUCUUCGCGGGGAGACGUGACCAAACUAAAGCAAACUCUUCAGUCCUUGUGGCAGGAAAUUUUAGGCCUUCCCACAGGCACGACCACUGAUGAAAAAUCCAACUUCCUGUUGAGUGGAGGAGAUUCUCUGAAGGCGCUGCACCUUUGUGAAGACAUCACCACUGCUGUGGGAGUGACCUCACCAGACCUUUUGGAGGUUAUACUUGAUGGGACCUUCUCUGACAUAUUGCACCAUGUUGCAAGACUAACACUGAUGCCGCCGCAUGAGAACAGUCCGUCAUCGCUGUCAGAGGCCAAGAAACGUCACACUGAUGCUCCCUCUGUGGUGGCAGCAGCAAAGAGAGAACGCAAAGACUCCAGGAGAGCAGCAGAGGAGACGCAAGCUGUUAAAGUUAUAAGACGAGCAGGUGAGGUGAUUGAGAUGAAAAUUAAAGAUCCAGAGACCAAUGAAAGCCUCCAGGCUGAUACACUUGGAGAUAAGGAUUCUAGUAAGAAACCCAGAGGCGAUGCUCUGGGCCUCAGUCUGAGCUGGUCCUCAGACACAGGCAGAUGUGUGGACGCCUCUCCGGUGUUUCUACUACAAGACAGGACAGGUCAGAGGUCAGACGAGGGUAAAACAACAGUGUUCAUAGGCUCCCACUCUCACAGGAUCCAGGCUUUAGACCUGAUCACUGGGAGCCUUCUGUGGGAACGGGUUCUUGGGGACAGAAUCGAAGCCUCGGCUGCAGUGUCUCACUGCGGGACCCUCGUGGUUGUAGGUUGCUACGAUGGCUGUGUGUAUUUUUUGUGUGCUGUGUCUGGAAAGACACGGUGGACGUUUGAGACGGGGGAUGCGGUGAAGAGCUCUCCUGCUUUGGAUCCCCUCACAGGUCUGGUGGUAGUGGGCUCACAUGAUGGGCACGUUUACGCCCUGAAUCCAAAGCUUCAGCAGUGUGUUUGGAGGCGUCACUGUGGGGGUGGAGCUGUGUUUUCCUCCCCUUACCUCCAUACCUCACUCAGGCAGCUGUAUGCGGCUUCACUGGGAGGUCACCUCCUCUGUCUCAACCCCGACAGUGGAGAGGUCCUGUGGGCGUACUGUAGAGACAUCCCGUUCUUUUCAUCGCCAAACGGCUCCUCUGGUCAUGUGAUGAUCGGUUCGGUGGAUGGAAAUAUCUGCUGCUUCAGUAACAGAGGGAAACUGGUUUGGCAGUUUUUAACAAAAGGACCUGUCUUCUCCUCUCCGUGUGUCACACCAGACCAGCAGAGGGUCCUGUGUGGAUCACACGAUGGUUGCCUGUACUGUCUGAACUGCGCAGACGGCUCUUUAGUUUGGACUUUCCGGACCACAGGGAAGGUGUUCUCCAGUCCAUGUGUGUUUGAUGGCUCUGUUGUGGGCAGAAGGGGGAUUCUGGUGGCACUGGCCUCUACAGAUGGCACAGUAUGGAUCCUGGAUGGGCAAGAUGGCCAAAUGUUGGCUUCAUUCCAUCUACCUGGGGAGCUGUUUUCAUCCCCUGUGGUGUGGGGACAGUUUCUUGUAAUCGGGUGCCGCAAUGACUAUGUGUAUUGUUUAAAUCUGACUGCCAAAGAAGAAACUUAGAAGGAUAAAAAGUGCCUUUGCACUCAUUUUAUAACUGAUGGUUUUUAUGUCUUUGCCAGAGUGGAGCUUUGGGAAACAAAUUUUAAUUAAAGUUCAGGGAAAUAAUGAGUCCAA